AUGGAACUUCCGUGGCUGCAGAAUCUCCACCUCCUUCUCAGCCGAACUGUCAUGGCCGUUGAUCAGGGAGACAACUCCCGAGCUGAUAUGUCAAAUGAAGUCAGAUACACCCUCUUGUGUCUUGCCUAUCGCCGCAAAAACUCUGGAGGAAGACAUGUGAUUACCAACGAGCACCUCACCAAGGCGACCCACUACUUUGACGUCCGUAUGCUUACUCACGAUUUGCACAUGGCCAAGUCAGACAAACCAAUAAAGCCUCCAGAUGGCUUCACUCGCCUUUUCUUCGGUAAUGAGAGUAGUGACGACGAACCCGACGCUCCUUCGCCCUCAUCCGAGAAUCAACAAGAGGCCAGCUCGUCGACAGCAACAAAGCGCAAGGCCUCAGAUGAUUCGACCAGCUCAGCCUCCAUGCCCCAGAGUAAGAGGGUGUGA